AGCGAGAAAGACUACGAUCCGUUUGCGGACCGACGACGACCCACCAUAGCGGAUAGGGAAGAUGAAUAUAGACAAAAAAGGCGCAGAAUGAUUAUAUCACCUGAGCGCGUUGAUCCCUUCGCAGAAGGUUGGUAUUUUUUUUCCUUCUAAGUUAAGAGUUAUGAAACCAGAACAGGUAAUUAGAUAUUAAGUGUGUUUCCAUAUUAUUAUUCUUGUUGAUAUUUUGGAGCAAUGUAAUGAAUCACUACAGCCUUUGCUCCCAACUUUUCUUAUGUAAAAAUAAUAAAUUUUACAAUAAUCUUAUAUUGUAAUAUUUAUUUUGAACUGCUCCAAUUGAAAUUCUUAAAUAUGGCUUGUAAUUAUGUAUUGGUUACAUUGUAACAAAAUAUAUGCACAACGAAGCUUAUAUCACUACGUUUUAUAAGAAAAUAAACUCGUAUUAAACGUAUUACAAUAUUGCGCAAAAGAAAAAGUCAACCUGAUUUUAAGAUAACAAAACUCAAAUUUUAUGCAUAGUUUUUUUGCAAAGUGGUGUACAGCACAAUAGGGGUCAAUGUAUGUAUUAAAAAUAAAUUAAGUUGACUUUUUCGUGUCAGAUAAUAACACUCCAUCUGUGAUUAAAACAUGAAAAUUUUAAUAAUUAAAUGAUAUUUUCAUUUAAUUAUUCUUUCCUAUAAUUCACUAUUAUUUUUUCCUCGAUUCAUUUUUGUAAUGUAAAACACCAAGUUUUGUCAAAAAAGCAAGAUUAUAAAUAUACCAAAUUUUGUUUUUUCGAUAACAUCGCGUUUUCUUAAUUUUCUCGAUAAUUCAUGAAUAAACACUUAGCGUCAAGAUUUCUUUAAAAUUAGUUACAGUAUAGUUUAAUUUAUAUAUCAUGCAUUGCAUCUUUGACAUCCUUAAUUGCUUAAAUGUUUUCAUGAAAUCAAAACCUGUACACAUUGACCCAUAUAAAAUUGUAUGUUACUUAAAUAAGCCUAUGUAUAUAUCGAGUAAAGAUAUUAUGUUGAUACUACAGCACAUACAAAAUACUUUUAAUAUUUAAAAAUGUAAAAUUAAAUAAUUUAUGCCAUUGACGCUUCAUUUUCAUAUAAGUGUUUAAGUAAUUCAUACAUUUCUAUAUCGCUGUAAUAUUACUGGCUACAAUAACUGAGGAAAAAAAAUGCAACGAUUUACAUAAUUUUGUUAGCUAAUUUUAACGAGGUGUACGUAAAAUCGUACAAUUUUCAUUUAAUAGACGCGAAAGAAUACUUUCGGAUAACACCUCAGUUGUUAGUAGUUAAUAGAUUUAAGAUUUCUUUGUACUCAGAUUGUGGAAGCAAUGUGAAGUAGAAAAAACUGGCUUGAGUGAAGAGAGUGAAUGGGAUUCUUUCAAAUACAUACUAAUGUAAACAUUUUUUUCCAAUCUUAGUGACGGUCUGCACAUUUGGAAUCAUCUGCUUACCGAGGAUACUAUGUCGAAGAUGGCUAAAGUAUUUUUCGAUGUGGAAGACUUGAGCAGGACAGUGCUCCCUAUGGCAUCAAACUUUCACGUGGUAAGACUCCCGACAUCGGUUCUAGGACAUACACUGAGAUUAUGCGAGAACAAUUACUCAAAGGAGAAGAAACUGAGUUAAGAAAGAAACUAGCCGAAAAAGCCAAAGACGGGACUUUGAAAGCAAACGGUGAGCCCAAGCCUGCGCCUAAGAAAAGAGGUCGUUGGGAUCAAACAGAUGAUGCUCCAACACCAAAAAAAUUGACUGGUUCUAGCGCGACACCGACAUCCUGGGAUAACGCGGAUGUAACCCCAGCUGCGAUCAGAUGGGAUGAGACGCCGGGUCAUGGUAAGGGUGGUGAAACUCCUGGUGCAACGCCGGGCGUAAGUACGAGAAUGUGGGAUGCAACUCCAGGACACGCAACACCUGGCGCGGCAACUCCUGGCAGAGAGACACCAUCUCACGAGAAAACUGUUUCGAGCCGUAGAAAUCGUUGGGAUGAGACGCCGAAAACUGAACGCGAAACACCUGGGCACAGUAGCGGUUGGGCCGAGACUCCAAGAACCGAUCGGGUUGCGGGCGAUUUAAUUCAAGAAACACCUACACCGUCUGCUAGCAAGCGUCGAAGUCGAUGGGACGAAACACCGUCGAACCAGACACCUGGAUCCAUGACACCGCAAACUCCAGCAACUCCUCUGACAACGCCUCAUCAGACUUCUAUUUUAACACCUAGUGGAGUGACGCCAACGGGACCGAAAGCUAUGGGACUAGCUACUCCAACGCCUGGACAUUUGAUGUCGAUGACACCGGAACAGCUUCAAGCAUACCGCUGGGAACGAGAAAUCGAUGAAAGAAAUAGACCACUUUCAGACGAUGAAUUAGACGCUUUGUUCCCACCUGGAUACAAAGUUUUGCAGCAACCUGCGGGGUAUAUCCCGAUUCGUACGCCUGCAAGGAAACUCACUGCUACGCCAACGCCAAUCGCGGGUACACCGCAAGGAUUCUUCAUCCAAACCGAAGAUAAAACGGCGAAAUUUGUAGACAAUCAACCGAAAGGAAAUUUGCCUUUUAUGAAGCCAGAGGACGCACAAUAUUUUGAUAAAUUACUGGUCGACGUUGACGAAGAAACUCUUAGCCCUGAAGAACAAAAGGAAAGAAAAAUCAUGAAAUUGCUUUUGAAAAUUAAAAAUGGUACACCGCCGAUGAGGAAAGCGGCUCUAAGACAAAUUACUGACAAAGCGAGAGAAUUUGGCGCGGGACCAUUAUUCAAUCAGAUACUCCCUCUCCUUAUGUCCCCUACAUUAGAAGAUCAAGAACGUCAUCUUCUUGUAAAAGUCAUAGAUCGUAUUCUUUACAAACUCGACGAUUUGGUCAGGCCUUAUGUACAUAAGAUUUUGGUCGUCAUCGAACCUUUACUGAUCGACGAAGAUUACUAUGCUCGCGUGGAAGGUAGAGAAAUUAUUUCUAACCUAGCGAAAGCAGCUGGUUUGGCGACGAUGAUAUCCACGAUGAGACCGGAUAUCGACAAUAUCGAUGAAUACGUACGUAACACAACGGCAAGAGCGUUCGCCGUGGUCGCGUCAGCGUUGGGAAUUCCUUCUUUACUUCCAUUCCUUAAAGCUGUGUGUCGCAGCAAAAAGUCAUGGCAAGCUCGUCACACUGGCAUUAAAAUUGUACAACAAAUCGCUAUUCUCAUGGGAUGCGCUAUAUUACCGCAUCUGAAGAGUUUAGUUGAAAUUAUAGAACACGGUUUGGUCGACGAGCAACAGAAAGUCCGUACUAUUACCGCUUUAGCUAUCGCUGCCUUGGCUGAAGCAGCAACACCUUACGGUAUCGAAAGUUUUGACUCUGUUCUUAAACCACUUUGGAAAGGUAUUCGUACGCAUAGAGGAAAAGGUCUUGCCGCGUUCUUGAAAGCAAUCGGUUAUUUAAUUCCCCUUAUGGAUGCCGAAUAUGCCAAUUACUAUACUCGCGAAGUGAUGUUAAUCCUUAUACGUGAAUUCCAGUCACCCGACGAAGAAAUGAAAAAGAUUGUGUUAAAAGUCGUGAAACAAUGUUGCGGAACGGAUGGUGUAGAAGCGCAGUACAUCAAAGAUGAAAUUCUUCCGCACUUCUUCAAACACUUCUGGAACCAUCGAAUGGCUUUGGAUCGUAGAAAUUAUAGACAACUCGUAGACACAACGGUAGAAAUCGCGAACAAAGUUGGCGCAUCGGAAAUUAUAAAUCGCGUGGUAGAUGAUCUGAAAGAUGAAAAUGAACAAUACAGGAAAAUGGUUAUGGAAACUAUUGAAAAAAUAAUGGGUAAUUUGGGGGCUGCAGAUGUUGACUCCCGUUUAGAAGAACAACUCAUAGACGGUAUUUUAUACGCAUUCCAAGAACAGACAACAGAGGAUGUUGUAAUGUUAAAUGGUUUUGGCACUAUCGUGAACACGCUAGGCAAAAGGGUGAAGGCGUAUCUUCCGCAAAUAUGUGGUACGAUAUUGUGGAGAUUAAAUAAUAAGUCUGCAAAAGUCAGGCAACAAGCUGCUGACUUAAUUUCACGAAUUGCCGUUGUCAUGAAAACCUGUCAGGAGGAGAAACUAAUGGGUCAUCUAGGUGUUGUCCUCUACGAGUAUUUAGGUGAAGAAUAUCCUGAAGUAUUAGGAAGCAUUUUAGGUGCGCUGAAAGCUAUCGUUAAUGUUAUAGGAAUGACGAAAAUGACACCACCUAUAAAAGACUUGCUACCACGACUUACUCCUAUAUUGAAAAACAGACAUGAAAAGGUACAAGAAAAUUGUAUCGAUCUUGUAGGUAGAAUUGCGGACAGAGGUCCUGAAUACGUAUCCGCUAGAGAAUGGAUGAGAAUAUGUUUCGAACUUCUAGAAUUACUUAAGGCUCAUAAGAAAGCGAUUAGGAGAGCUACAGUAAAUACCUUCGGUUACAUCGCAAAAGCGAUAGGACCUCAUGAUGUGUUGGCAACACUCUUAAAUAAUCUAAAAGUACAAGAACGUCAAAAUCGCGUGUGUACUACGGUAGCUAUAGCUAUUGUUGCUGAAACUUGUAGUCCAUUCACGGUACUUCCUGCAUUGAUGAACGAAUACAGAGUGCCCGAAUUAAACGUGCAAAACGGUGUUUUAAAAUCUCUGUCCUUCUUAUUUGAAUACAUUGGAGAAAUGGGAAAGGAUUACAUUUACGCUGUUAGUCCACUAUUGGAAGAUGCACUCAUGGACAGGGAUUUAGUACAUAGACAGACCGCAUGCGCUGCCAUUAAGCACAUGGCAUUAGGUGUUUACGGAUUCGGUUGCGAGGAUGCACUGAUUCAUUUAUUAAAUCAUGUAUGGCCCAAUGUGUUUGAAACCUCGCCACAUCUAGUACAAGCAUUUAUGGACGCUGUGGAUGGAUUACGCGUUGCACUUGGGCCAAUUAAAAUAUUACAAUAUACCUUACAGGGAUUAUUCCAUCCGGCGCGAAAAGUACGCGAUGUAUAUUGGAAAAUUUAUAAUUCUCUUUAUAUAGGUGGACAGGAUGCUCUCGUAGCUGGUUAUCCCCGAAUUAUGAAUGAUCCAAAGAAUCAAUAUAUUAGAUAUGAACUGGACUAUGUUUUGUAAUAGUUUAUGCAAAUGAUGUGUACCAUACAUUUAUAUAAUCUUCACGAAAGUUAGGAUCAUUCGCUUAUAAUUGUUUACAAAAUCUGCUAAAUAGUUGUAUGUAAUAUAACACAUAAGAUAGACACUGCAAUGAAAUUUGAGGGUAUUUAUUUCUUGGACUACUCUAAUCAAGUUACACGUAAAUCACGUUCAAUUAAAGACUUGCCCGAUGAUGUGUCAGUCCUUAUACGAAUAAAAAAUUUCAUAUCAUAAACGAUAUCGAAUUCAUUUUGUAACAUUCUUUUCAAUAUCUAUUUGAGUUGUUCCUAUACAAUUGAUUAAUAUAUCAGUAAAAUGGAUAUGUAAUUAUUUUAAUAUCGCACAAAAUAUUUCUAAUUUUAGCAGUGGCGUUUACGAAAAAUUUGAUUAAUGUAUAAUUAAAUAAGGAUAAUGGCAAUGUAUUUUCAAAAAUUUAUUUUUAAUUUCUCAAGACAGUUCAUUAUUUAAUAACGCAUAGUGUGUAAAACGUCCACGCAUUGAACUUAUGUAUGUACAUUACAAUUUUUAAGUAUCAUUGGAGAAUACAGUCAUGGUUGUUUUGCA